AUGCUCGAUCGAGCCUUGGGUGACAUAGGCGUGCUUGUAGAUCUCAGUUACGACGACGUUCUAGUUACUGUUUACUUUGGGAUGAAUGCAAGAGCUGUCAUCCUCACAGAUGGUGUCUUCUGGUUCAUAAUUCUGAUUAUAAACAUGCACACAAUCAAUGUUGUUUUCUUGCUUAGUGAAACUGCUUUGAAUAGCUUGCCAUUUUCAUGGUUCAGAAUAGGAUAUUUCUAUCUGUGGACAAUCACCUAUGUAAUAUUUCAGUGGAUAUGUCAUGCUUGUGUCAAAAUUUGGUGGCCAUAUCCAUUUAUGGACUUGUCAUCUCCAUAUGCUCUAUUAUGGUAUCCGGAGGUUGUGGAUGUCCAUGAUUGCAGGGAUAGAUCUACAGGUGGAUAG